AAAAACGCUAAAAAAUAAAAAUCCAAAUGAAAAUAAUCAAAGCUAUGCUGUUUUAAUUUCCACACACACAUACAGUCAUAUACAUAGAUAGUGUAACUAACAAAUAGCCUACUUUGUUUACAACUUGAGUUCUACGUUGUUCUUGUACCGACAGGCGAAGAAAUUGGUUUUGUUUUCUUUCCAGCUAUUUAUUUGGUUGCCAUGUAGGCAGUUGUUGUUGUGCGAAUAGGCAGCCACCUGCGCAUCGAUCCAACAACACAUUGAGUGUUGAAUGAAGGCUUUUCAGCAUUAGGCGAUUGUGCUUUUAAAUUUUCUAGCAAAGAAGUAAUUAAUAAAUUAAAAGGUUUUUUCGCAAGUAAAUUAUUUGUUAGUAACUUCACUCAUAACUGCAACCACUCAAUGAGCUCAACGCCGAAAUGGUAUUGUCGCAACAAAUCAACGCCACCCAUACAAACUUUUGCAGAGAUUACGAAAUUGGGCAAGGAAUUGCGGCAUGUCACAUAUCGCAUAGCAGUUGAUGUGAAGGUCGACGUGUUCGAUGAGCAUAAUACACUUUUGGAAGAAGUGGAGCAUGUUUGCGAACUCUACUGGAACCUGAAGAACGAAUCACGAAAUCAUGACAUUCACUCAUUAAGUAAGAAAAUCAAACGUAGUCCUUACAACGUCUUGUUACUGCAGAAGUAUAAUAUGCUUAUGGAGAUCAAUGAGCGGCGCUUUUGCCAACUAAUGUUCGUGCUUAAGCAGACGGUCACGCAAUUGCUACGCAAGUCGUCGCAAUCGGACAUGUGGUUAAAUUGGGCUUUGCAAAUAGCAAAUUUACACAAUAAAUGGAAUCGACGUGAGACAUUAAAGGAUCCCAGUGACUGCAGCGAGGGCUUGCCCAUGGAGUCAGAAAGUAUAAUGAGUGAGAAAAAUACAUCGCUAAGAGAUGUGAGCAAAGAGCUCACUAGCACUACCGAGUGGAAUGCGAAUAUCUGCAGCAAUAUGUAUCCGACAUUGCUGUUACCACAGAAGCCCAUAGAUUUUGCAUAUAUUUUACAGCACGCGUCCCAAAUGCGCACCGAACAAAAUUCGCUUGAUCUACUAUUCGGUCUCUUCAAUAUGAGCGAACAAGAGCAGGCUGAGGCCGCUGCUGCAGCUGCAGGCACAUCUACUGGCGCCAUGAUGCCAACAGGCACAAUUGCAAACGAAUUGGGAGUCAAUGCAGGCACAGUUGGUGAUACUUGUGAGUCGACUGCAUCCAGUUUGGAAAUAUUGCGCAUACUCACGCUCAAUAUGCACGGCGACGGCGAGUAUAUAGACUACAACAACGGCGCUGAUAUGGAUGGUGGAAUAUGGAAAGAGAAAAGUAAUUGCCGUAAAUAUGCUGAACAUUUUUUGGAUCGCGAACGUGCGUACCUCAGUCAACUCAUUGCCAAAUCGUAUGAUUAUUGCCCGAGUGUUUUUGGUAAGCCCUGCACUCGAGGAGAUUUGAGUGAUUUUGUAAUGCGCGGCAUGCGACUGAUAUGGUCCAAUGUAGGACUUAUUCUGGAUCACAUAAUUUUGUGGUGGAUUGACACACCUCUCGCUUGUUACCCGUUAACCCACGUGGAAACGAUGAGACAUUGGUUGAAGCAUCAUAGGGUGGAAGAUAUUCCGGAACCUGUUUACUCAACAUUACGCGGAGUUGCUGAAAGUCUUACUAACUUUGUUUCCGUUAAUGUCUGGGAUCAAUUAUUUCGUUAUUCGUUAUUAUCAACAAAUUGCCAGCCAGCAACAAUGGAACGCGCUUUACAGUUCCAUCGACCCGUGGGCCAGGAGGAGCAUCUGGGCACCUACACUGGCAGCUUUUGGGUGCUAGUCUUCCAGAAUUUGAUAGAAUUAAGCAAUAGUUACUUUCCAAGUAGUGAAACACAAAUGCAUAUCAGUAGUCUGCCUGUGGCCGAACAAAUACCUAUUCUACAUCGCAUUGAUCACUCCGUACACUCCAUGCGUUUAUGGGUAAAAGAGCAAGCCAAACAACUCUGCUGUGAAUGGCAAAUGGAUCGCUUCUUUCGCAUAAUGGAGCACGAUGUGCGUGUGUGUUUGUCCGGCUUCAUUAAGCAUAAGUUACCCAAAUUAACUGCCGAUCUCACCGAUAUUCUCAUGCUCGUUAACGUUGCGUUGCGCGCUAAAUUGAUAUUGGAGAUCAAUGUCAAUGUUGACAAACUUAAGAAAACCAAUGAAGAAUGCGUUCAAAUUAUGUCCGAAGUGUGUCGUAUACUCAGUCUUGCCAAUUUCAAGCUCUCCUUUCCGCCUGCCAGCCACUGGCAGCAACGGGUCUUCGAUGAAGAUGUGAAAAACGAUUAUGUCGACUAUGUGCUUGAUCAAAUAUUUUUACCUGCCAUUAAAGCCACUAAAGAUUUGGUGACCUUAAAAUUGAUUUUGAAGAUUAUAUGUGAAGCUUGGCUUGACUAUAUUUAUAUGAAACGCAUCAAAUUCAGUGUGAAUGGUGCGGUGCAACUACUGAAUGACUUCGAUUGUGUACGCGAAUGGAUUUUGGCUUGCACGUUGCUCAGUGCCGAACAGUUGGAAAAGUUAAGUAAUCACGAGGUACUGCGCAUGUGUAAGGGUGUCGGUAAAAUACUGUUACGCAAGCCGGAGGAUGUAAUUUCGAUUAUACAAACACCGAAAUUUGAUUACGAUCGGAAAACGGUGGGAGUUGAUGCCGCUGCACAAGAGACCCAAUUGCCAUCGGAAAUGUUUGUAUCGAAUCAAAAAAACUGGUUACAAUUGCGUGCCAACAAAGGCAAUAUCUUCAGUUGGUGUUGCAGUGAUUCAGCGGUGUAAAUGCUGGAGCAUAGUUUACAACUAAUAUAAGUUGAAAGAAAAGCUAACAACGUAGAACUGCCUAUAAUAAUACGCAUAAUGAAUAUAACGGUUACGGUAUCCGCAAUUAAAAUUAAUUAUCAUUUCUUGUGAUAAACAUUAAUCGACUUUGGAUAAUAAUCCAUAUUUUAUCAAUUACGUAUGAUCGAUUGGUUGCAGAGCAGCCACUGAAUUGAUUUUUGCUCUAAGUUUUUUUUAUUAUUAUAUUUUUUAUCUAACAUUUCGCUGCUUUAUUAAAAUUUUUAUACUCUCGCAACAAAAGUUGCUAAGAGAGUAUUAUAGUUUUGUUCCCAUAACGGUUGUUUGUAAGUCCUAAAACUAAACGAGUUUGAUAUAAGGUUAUAUAUACCAAAGUGAUCAGGGUGACGAGUAAAGUUCAAAUCCGGAUGUCUGUCUGUCCAAAAUGGCGAUAACCGAAAACAAAUAAAGAGUUAUAACUAAGCUAUAUAAAAAGCUAUUAAAGUAAAAUUUGGUACAAAUGAUUGUUCUCGGAAGUGGAAUAUUUGGAUGCAAUUUUUUUGGAAAAGUGGGCAUGGCCCCGCCCCCUACCAAGUUUUUUGUACAUAUCUCGUAAACUAAUACGAAAUUUUUCAGAAUCGUUUUUUCAGGCAUUUCCUUAUAUAGUCCAAAAAUGGAGGAAAUCGGAAAAAUGCUUUAAUUCAGUAAGGAAAACCAACGGAAACCUUUAAUUUUAUUAUAAAGAAGGCGCAGAAGAGCUGUACACAAUUUUAAAUGGGCGUGGUUCCGCCCACUUAUGGGUCAAAAACCAUAUCUCCGAAACUACUCGACCAAUUUCAAUGAAAUUCGGUUUGUAAUAUUUCCCUUGCAUCCCAAUUAUAUGUUGUGAAAAUAGUUCAAAUCGGUUCACAACCACGUCUACUUCCUAUAUACCAGAACUUUGAAGUCGAUCUGAACCGUUUACUUUACAAUAUAUAAAGUAAGCAUUAGUGAAGAUAUCAGAACAGAACUUUGCACAAAUACUACAUUUAUAGUGUGACAUCGCCCUUCUAAAAAUCGUCGAAAUCGGACCAUACAUUUUCAAGGCCCCAUAUAUCGAACAUGAGGACCUCAGGGCUUCUAAUUUUUUUUACCGGAAAUAUAGAUAAGUCUCUCAGAUAUUUUGAAGAAAUUCAGAGGGGAUAUCUUUCAUUUAAUAAUAUGCCAACGUGUCUAAA